CGGCCGUCUCUGAAUCGAGCCCCUCCCUCUCGGCCCCUUUCGCCUCCGCCGUGCCGUAUCUGGUCUCUGCCGGGCCGCAUUGCCUUCCAUCCAGCUCGCUCUAUUCGCUUUCACUGGUCUGUCCUCGCUCCAACUCUCUGCUAUCGCCCUUUCGUCGCUGUCGUCCAGCCGCCUCAAUCUAUCUGAAUCAUCAUGUUCAUAUCAAGCGAUGGUGAUCAGCAAAUGUACUCAUAUAUCGGCGUGAUUGUUGCAAUUGUCGGCAACAUCACCAUCUCGAUCGCACUCAAUAUCCAAAAGGCUGUCCACAACGAGCUUGCCCUCGCAUCGCUCCCGCCAUCACGGCCUGACUCGCCGCUUUCUGCCUCCAACUCAUGUCGGCGCUCUGCUGCGAGACAGUCAUCUUCUCAUCUGCACGCUCCAGGCUCACCCAUCUCGGUUUGCGCGACGUUCCCGAAUCGCGACGAUGUCACGACACCGCUACUUGCUUCGUCUGGAGACGACUCGUACACCGCUCAGCCUUACUGGAAAAACAAGUACUGGUGGUUCGGCCAGCUUCUCAUGUCGGUCGGCGAGCUCGGCAAUUUCAUGGCAUAUGGCUUUGCCCCGACCGUGCUGGUCUCUCCCCUUGGAACGGUCGCUCUGAUCAGCAACGCCAUCAUUGCUCCCAUCUUCCUGCACGAAGAAUCGCGACGUCGGGACGGAGUCGGCAUCUUUUUCGCCUUUGUGGGGACCGUCAUCAUUGUCAUUGUCUCCUCUCAGACGACCGAGCCCGUGCUGACGCCGGAUGAUAUCGCCUCCGCCUUGCGGCAGUUUCAGUUCAUGGUCUACAUGGCUGUGACGCUCUCGCUGUCGUUCCUGAUGGCGCACCUGUCCAACCUGCAGACCUUUGGUGGGCGGUACAUCAUGGUAGAUCUCUCCAUGGUUGCGAUAUACGGCGGAUACACUGUGAUGGCCACCAAGGCGUUGUCGAGCCUGCUGAAUCUUGGGUUGAUCGCCAUCAUUCAGUUCUCAAUCACUUACUGGAUCCUGCUGAUCUUGGUUGUGACAUGCGUGGUUCAAAUCACAUAUUUGAACAAGUCUCUGGCCCGAUUCGAGUCCGUCCAGGUCCUGCCAACCAACUUUGUCAUGUUCACAACAUCGUCCAUCAUCGGCUCCUCGGUUCUUUUCAACGACCUCGCCCACACCAGCCUUUACUCGCUCCUUGGGGUCGCUUUCAUGUUCCUUGGAGUGUGGCUGAUCACGGGCGAACGCCGUCAUAGCGGGGACAUCGACUCGCCCACAGAAUCGAUUUCUUCGUCCAUCUUGACCGAUGAAGAGGUGGCGCGCGAAUCGCAGGUAUCCGGCCCGCUCAGCAGCCCCUCAGCCUUCUCAAAGCCUCUGCCGCGAUCACAUGCGCUCUCCAACACCGUGCGGUCGCACCAUUCGGACGAUUCGACAGAGGAGGAGGUUCUCUUCGAUUCUCCCGCGGCCGGGCCUGCUCGGGCCUUCCCGAAGAAGAUCCAGAUCCCACCUCCAAGCCCCGCGACGGCAACCUCGUACCGCCGCGCAUCCCUCACAGAGCGUGAUCUUGAAUCAGCGCCUGUCCUCAACGAAGCUCGCCACAGCCUCAAGAACUUUGCCGAUGCCGUCUGCUUGCUCUCUGGGGCAAUUUCGCCGACGGCGGCCACCUUGCAGAGCGGUCCGCAUCGAUACAGUCUCCAGCACAAGCGGAGUGAGGCCAGCUUGAGGAAUUCCGUUGGCUCCUCGCAUGUACAUCCAAGCCACGACCACGGCCACGGCCACGAGUGAUGCUUGAGAUAUCCCUGCCGCAAGCA